AUGCCUAGUCCUAACGAGAGAGCAAUUAUCAGAGAAGUCUGGGCCGAGAACUUGGAGCAGGAGAUGGCACUCUUGCGCGACCUCGUCGACCAGUAUCCGUAUCUUGCCAUGGACACGGAAUUUCCAGGUGUUGUUGCCAGACCUAUCGGCAACUUCCGUACCUCGGCCGAUUAUCACUAUCAAACUCUACGAUGUAAUGUUGACCUACUUAAAAUGAUCCAGCUUGGUGUCACAUUUGCAGAUGAGAAUGGAAACAUACCAAAGGAUGCCUGUACCUGGCAGUUCAAUUUCAAGUUUAGUUUGGCUGAGGACAUGUACGCACAGGAUUCGAUUGAUCUAUUGACAAAGUCUGGAAUCAACUUUCAGAAGCAUGAAGAUUAUGGGAUCGAUGUUCAUCAUUUCGGUGAACUUCUUAUAAGUUCCGGGUUUGUUCUACUGGACGAAGUUAAAUGGAUUUCUUUUCACAGUGGCUACGAUUUUGGAUACUUGCUCAAGAUUCUGACAUGCAGUCCUCUACCUGCAGAGGAAGGAGACUUUUUUGAUUUGUUGAGGACAUAUUUCCCUUGCAUAUAUGACAUCAAGUAUCUGAUGAAGAGUUGUAAAAAUCUGAAAGGUGGUCUUCAGGAAUUGGCAAAUGAUUUACAGGUUGUGAGAAUUGGAUCACAACAUCAAGCAGGAAGUGAUAGCCUUUUGACAUGCUCAACCUUCUUUAAGAUGCGUCAAAUUUUCUUUGAGGACAAGAUUGAUGACGCUAAGUAUCUGUAA